CGUAAACACAGCACGAAGCAGCUCUGAAUGAAGUUCUUAUCUUCAUCACAGACUCAUUAAAGAGUUAUAUUUUGCCCAAACCCGACUUCCAGAAGGAUUAACAGCAGGGAGGUUGUCGCUAAUUGUCUGUAUCGUGUGUUUCUCGCUUCUCGUUGCUCUUCUUGUCUCGCUUAGUUAGCUAAGCUAAGCUAAGCUGAGCUAAGGUUGCUCUGGACUGGCUCUCAAUGACGGAACUCAGCAGAAGCGCUCGCCUGCUGAAGGCCACCCAGGAGAAACUGGACAGGUUCGACAGAAUACGGGGCAAAGAGGUCAAACCUGAAGAGUUUUGGGACCUUGUGGUUAUCACAGCAGUGGACGAGGACCAGAGAUCUGCAUACGAAGUCCAGAUCCGAGAGAAGUGCGACAGGAAAGAGCUUCCGAUUGGCAUUAGUUACCACGUGUUUGCAGAUCCUCCAGGAUACAAGAUUGGUAAUGGAGGGUCAACUUUACAUUCACUGCAGCUCCUGAGUGAUGAGUAUGGGGAGAAGCUGUCCAGAUUCAGAAUCAUUCUGAUACAUGCAGGAGGCUUCAGUCAGCGCUUACCCAACUCCAGCGCUCUUGGCAAGAUCUUCACUGCACUCCCUUUUGGAGAACCUCUGUAUCAGAUGCUGGAGCUCAAACUGGCCAUGUAUGUGGACUUCCCCUCUCACAUGAAGCCUGGCGUGCUGGUCACCUGCGCCGAUGACAUCGAAUUGUACAGCGCAAGUGAUCGUAUUGUGUUUGAUAAGCCGGGCUUCACGGCACUGGCCCACCCUUCUCCUCUGUCCAUCGGAACCACACAUGGCGUGUUUGUUCUGGAACCAGCAGAAGAUUCCCACAUCCAAGACGUGGAGUAUAGAACCUGCUUCCAGUUCUUGCACAAACCGAGCAUUGAAAGAAUGCGUAAAAGCGGUGUGGUGUGCAAGAAGGCGGGCGAGGAAUUUGUCUACACUGACAGCACCUACUAUGUUGAUUAUGGCAGUGCACUGACACUCCUGAGCUUGUUUAGAGAUAUCAGACCUUUGAGAUGUGAAAUAGACGCUUAUGGAGACUUUCUUCAGGGCCUGGGUCCAGGGGCCACAGUGGAAUAUACCAACGACACUGCAAACGUCACCAAGACAGAGAGCAGCCUGGUGGGGAUCAGAAGGAAAAUCUUCCACUGCCUGAAGGGAACACCACUCAAUGUCAUUCUCCUCAACGAAUCAAAGUUCUACCACCUGGGCACCACAGAGGAAUACCUGUUCCACUUCACGGUUGACCCGUGUCUCAGAGCAGAGCUUGGCAUCCUUCCAGCCGCCUUUAGUGUAUGUCAGCUGGAGGCUUCUGAAGAACAUACUGCUUGUGUAAUGCAUAGCGUUCUGCACCCAUGCGCUUCGGUGUCUGCAGGAACUGUGGUGGAGUACUCCAGACUAGAAGCCAAAGUAACCGUUGGCACCAGAGCUAUUGUGAGCGGAUGCUGGAUUGGUGCAGAACUUUCAGUGCCUAGUGAAACCUUAAUGCACUCUCUAAGCACCACCCUGGACGGCAAGACCGUCUUUGUGACCGUAGCCUUCGGCAUCCGAGACGACCUGAAGGAAAAAGUGUCAGGUCCUGCGGAUGUAAACAAGCUGGAGCUUUUUGGAGCCACCUUGAAGGAGUGCGUGAGCCGCUGGGCGCUGUGUUCCGAGGACGUGAGGUUCUCUGGGGAUGUGUGCAACCUGUGGAACUGCUGCCUCUUCCCCGUAUGUAAGGACAUGAAGAGCUCCUUUGCUGCAACGCUGGAGAUGGUGUGGGCAGCGCGUGGAAAACGGAAAGUGACCUUGCCCAGAAGCACUAGACUCUCACUGCAGGAGAUCCUGCAGAACAAAGACUUGGAGCAGAUGCUGGGCUUCAGAAAAGAGCUUUAUGAAGAAAUUCUCGCAAAUAAAUGAACUGUUGCACCAGCAGCAACAUAAAUCAGAGAUACUGUAAUCGGAAUCAGGCAAAUAUUGACUUUGGACCACGAUUUAAUUUCUACUAUUAUCUACAAUGAGAUAUACUGUACACUAUAGAGUGUUAGUGCUCUCUCACACACACACACACACAUAUACAUAUAUAUACAUAUGGUCACACUUUAUUUGGAUGGUCACUUAUAGAUGAUGUACAGAUAUUUAAAUUAUUAACAGACUUUCUGGUGAUACUUAUUUGAGUAUCAACAACAUUAUGGUUAUUGUUAGGUUAAGGAGUAGGUUUAGGUUUGGGGUUGAAGUUAAGGUUAAGUUUAGGUUUAGGGUUUGAUUCUUUAUGGAAUCCUUCACACUCAGCGUUCAUUGAUAUUUAGUUGAAUGUGAGUUGAAGACAGACUGAGUAACUACAAAGCAUCUACAGUGGACCAUCCAAAUUAAGUGUUCAUGCCAGAAAUCCAAAGCCAAAUACUGUUUAUUAUAAAACAAGUGUGGCUUGGAUAUUCAGCAGAUAGUUGCUUAUAAAAGCCUUAAAAAGCACUGGACAUAUGUUUAUGUUUAUAUUUCAUGACGUGUUUCUUGUGCUCCGGGAGAGCUAAAUAUUCACGUGAUGCAUUACAGCAUUUGUUACCCUGUAUAUUUCUCUGUAAUGCUGAACCAGGUGGAUAUAGUCCCGAUUUCCCUAUUUUAUAAAUGUUUAUAUAUCUACACCGGCAGAUACAUACAUUAAAAUACUGGACAUCAGCCCACAAUUCCCACAUCGGUACAUCCCUGACUGUGGGGUUAAACUGACAUUGGAGGGCCACUGCACUGCACAGUUUAGUGUUUUCCUUCAGCUUGAGAAUCGUGCCAAAGAAUGAAGCUUUGUAAAGUAUGGACUGAUCAUGUGAAUGUUUAUUUUAUACAGGGUGAAAUCCAGACGAAUCAGGGGGUGAGAUUUAUGCGGUAAAUAGAACCAUGAUCAUAGUUACUAAACAAUCAUCUUGAUGUACAGAGAUUAGUGA